UGUUACAGAAAAAUGCAUUCUGAAUGGUAACUACUGCUUGCUGAACUGAACUACAAAGAUCUCAUGCUUUGGAGAUGAAGAUGAUAAAUACAAAGAAAUAAUCCAGCUGCUGCUAUUGUAAUUACUAAAAGGUCUUUUGUGUCAAAAUGAACAGUCUUUGAGAAAAAUCUGGAGAGCAGCUAAUUAAAAAAAAAAAUGGGAGAAAGAGUAAGAAGCCCAGAUUCUGAACAAGACAGAAAAUCAGAUGGGGAUAGAAAUAGUGACUCCUAUUAUUCGGAUGAAGAUAAUGUAUCUCACUCAUCUGGCCAGUCACCCACACUAAGCUAUCCGUCUACAAGCCAAGAAAAGAGAGAUCACAAAACACAAACUUCAGACAGUCUUGUGCACUACCAAGCCACAAAGAAAUUGGGUUCCAAAUAUGCACCAAGCAAAAGAGGGACACGGUGGGGUUUCCGUUCUCAGAGCCUCACUAGGGAUUCUCCUGCGAAGGAUAUAGAUCUCGUUACAAAAAGAGUUCUUUCUGCUAGGCUGCUGAAAAUCAAUGAGCUCCGAAAUGAACUGACUGAACUCCACAUCAAACUAGAUGAGCUGCAGAAGGAAAACAGGGCGCUGAAGAGGCUUCAGCACAGGCAGGAGAAAGCCUUGAAUAAGUUCGAAGAUACAGAAAACGAAAUCUCUCAGCUCCUUGCUCGACACAACAAUGAGAUUAGAAUACUGAGGGAGCGCCUACGAAAAUCUCAAGAGAGAGAACGUGCCACUGAGAGAAGGCUGAAAGAUUCAGAAGACGAACUGUACAGAACAAAAACUGUCUUGCAGAAACUGAAAAAGCUGUCUGCAGAUAAGCACCUUGCCGAAAGAGAUGACCUGGCAAAGAAACUAGCCUAUGCAGAGAGCAGACUUGAGGACAGUGAAAAAAGAAUUAAGGAUCUGGAAAAAAAUCUUGAAUUAAGUGGUAGCAGUUUUCAACGAGAGUUACAGUCAAAGAAAAAAAAGGUGCAUGAAGCUCAAGAAGAAAACAGAGUUCUCCAAGAAGAGCUUCAACAACUUAGUCAGAAACUGAAGGAAAAAGAAAGAGAACUUGAAGCAAAAAAUAUAUAUGCUAAUCGUAUGUUGAAGCUAUCACCAAGAAAGGACAUGGAUAUUCUACAAAGAAAGAAAGCCAACAACCAAAAUAUUAAAAAAGGAGCACAGCUCACAAAAGGAGUACAGACCAGUGGAUACUUCUCACCAGUAGAAUUUCCUCCAGAAUCAGAACUUGUUUGUGGUGACACAAUAAAUAAGAAAGAAGGGAUUCUUCCCAGAAUAGAAAAAGAUCCUCAAGACCUUGAAUGGAAAGAACAAGGAGACCUCCUAAGACAAGACCAAGACAGGGAAAGGGAAGAGAAACUGAAACGUGCUCAGGAAAUACAGUCUUUAGAGGAGAGAUUUCAGAAACUACAUGACGAGUGGGAAGAAUAUGGUAAAAUGAAAAAAGAAAGCAGCUUUUUAUUGGAUAAAGAAGAUAAAAUGAAGAUGGAGACAGAAACACACAAACCUGAAAUAGAGAGAGAAAGUACUGAAAUGCUGGAAGAGCAACGAAAAAAAGAGUUUCUGCUUGCUAGAAUGUAUGAAAUUGAUAGAGAAACCCAAAAUGUAAUGAACAUGAGACUUGCUUAUCAGACACCACUCCUAAAUACAACAAGAAGAUCCGAUUCCCUGGAAAUAAAAGAGAAAAAUGAUCAAUACGUUGAAAUUCCAGGGAAGGUUAGUAAUGGCUUUGCCCGAGGAGACAGCCAGGAUGAUGCCACAAAAGUACAAGGGCAGAAGCAGAAAAAUCUAAGGACUGUAGAUUUAAGUAAAGAGUUAACAUUUGGCAGUUAUGUACCUUCCUUUGGAAAAGGAUCAGGGCGACCAAGUUGGCUUAAUCAAAAAAGUGAUUACUUAGAUGAAAAUAUCAAGGAAAACGCAGAUUUUACUAGCAAGAAGGAGAAGAAGUCCAAUUUAAUGGAACAACUCUUUGGAAGUAGUGCCAGUACUGCCUUCCAUUCUAAAAGUAAGGACAUAACACAUUUUGACGUAGACUGGGAGUCUAGUAAUACUCUUCUUGUCGAUAAAAACAGUAAAGUCAAAGUGAAAGAAGACAGUGAUCUUUUCAAUGAAGGAAGAAACCUAAACAGACACCGUCUGCAACAAACUGCACUCAAGCCAGGAGUUAAAACCCUUGGUUCUUUAGAAGAUGACAUUGAAGAAGUAAUCUUACAAUGAACCUAUUUUAUAUUUUUCAUACGUAAAUACUGAAAAAAUAUUUUCACGUGAUAUUUAUUAGAUACAGAAUUAACACAUUUCAGCUAGAGUGUAAAUCCUUCUGAAGGAAUCAUUUGCUCAAAAGGGUAUUUGUAUGGAGGAAAGAUGCACUCUGAUAGUACAGCCUCACCUAUAGGCAGGAAAGUUCUUGUCAAGGGUAAGAUCCAAAUACAGCGGUGACUGUUUUGUCAGGAAGGCAGUGAAGUUGUCCUGAGGGACUUUGCUGAUAGCUGAGUUAGCUGCUGGCUGGCCACUUCAGCCAGAGAAGAUGCUCAUGCCCCUUUUUGGGCUCCAGUCCUACGAAGCCUGUUGCCCUGGGGCACCACCAGUCUUGUGCAGGUGUGGCUCAGGGUCCCAGAGGCUCCUUAGCACCGUGCUGGUAGGGAUGCUGUGGGAAAGGAAGGACUAGCAUAGGCUGACAGCUGUCCUGGUCCUUCUGAACCAAAACUCCUAUACACUGUGGGAGGAGCUAAAGUCCCCAUAGCACAUGUAGGGAAGUGGAUGCGGAAGGCGGUGUGGGUUGCUCCUGCCAUGGGAAAAGGCAAACCCACUUGUGGGGUUGUCUUCACACAAGGACCAUGGUACACCUGGAUAUGUUUCCAGCCACCCAGUAGUUGCCCAGCUAGCUCAGUCGGUAGAACAUGAGACUCUUAAUCUCAGGAUCAUGGGCUUGAGCCCCACAUUGGGUGCCAAAAAGGACUGUAAUGGUUUUACUUGGGUGGGCAGCCAUGUUCCACCUCAGCCGCUUUCUCACUCCCAAAAUAUGACACAAAGAGCUCAAGGUUUUGAGCUCCCUUUUCCCUUUAAUUAAAUAAUCCUUAUCUCAAACCUUGAGCUCUUUGAUGUCAUAUUUUCUCCCCUUCCCUCUUUGAGGCUGUCAGACCUUCUGGUGUUAACUAGCCAAGUGGCUUCUGGUACAUUUAUGUCCCACUGUUUCCUCGUCCCAGCACCCAAUGCUCAUAACAUAGUCUUUAACAGUUCAUUGUACCUCUCAACCUUCCCAGAGGCUUGUGGGUGACAAGGGAUGUGAUACACCCACUCAAUGCCAUGCCUCUUGGCCCAGGAGGUGACAAGGUUGUUUCAGAAGUGACUCCCCUCGUCAGGCUCAUGAAGGGAUGAAAGACACGGACUCCUGAUGGCUCUUGAACAGGAGACGUUUAUCGCCCUUUUUCAUAUACUACACAUACUACAUAUACUUUCUCCGUAGCCCCUUGCGCUGUCCACGCGCCUGAAUCUGUCAUACAAUUGGUUAGAGACCCUCAGACACACGCCUCAAGCCAGCCAGCAAUUGGCCACUGCCCAAAGCUCAUCUCUAACAUUGUAGCCAAUUUACUUUAUCUCCACCUUGCUCAAGUUUUUGUUUCUACCGCUUGUUUCCUCAUUAUCUCUAAUUCAGGGACAUGUGAAACAGCGCAAAGCCACCUGCGAAUUCCUUUCCCACAGACUCAAUUCUCUCUGGUGUACCAUGUUCGCCACAGUACUUGCCUUUCCAGGCAAGUGUUUCGGUUGGUGGCAUGGUGUACUGGGUAUGUUUCCAGCAACCCAGUAGGUGUCUGGCUAGCUCAGUUGGUAGAGUAUGAGACUCUUGAUUUCAGGGUCGUGGGUUUGAGCCCCACAUUGGGUGCCAAAAAGGACUGUGGUGGUUUUACUCGGGUGGGCAGCUGAGUUCCACCUCAGACACUCUCUCAGUCCCCCUCCUCAAAGAGGAAGGGGGAGAAAAUAUGACAUGAAGAGCUCAAGGUUUGAGAUAAGGAUGAUUUAAUUAAGGGGAAAAGGGAGAGGAAAAAGAAAAAAAAAAAAAAAGGAAAGGCCGUGCGGAAGCACAGAGAGAGAAAUGCAGUUACUCUCUACUUGCUGUCAAUGAGCGAUGUUCGGCCAUGUCCGGGGAAGCAGGGCCUCACCACGUGUACCCGUUGUUCGGGAGGACAGACGCUUCCACAACGAGAGCCCUCGGACUGUUCCAGUGCCAUCUGGAUCAGUCCACGGCAAACGGUAGGGCUGUGUUUCCACCCCUGGGGCAGUCGAUUCCAAGGGUACUGGAUGCCCCCUCCAACUGUGGCCUGCAUGCUGCUGCCAGAGGGAUGGAGAAGAAUGCAUUAGCAAUAUCAAUUGUGGCGUACCACUAGAGCCUUUGACUCUAGUUCGUAUUGAAGUUCUAGCGUGUCUGGCACUGCAGCACUUCAUUCAGGCCCUGAGAGUCCACCGUUAGCCUCCACUUGCCAUUUGACUUUCGCACUGGCCAUAUAGGACUAUUAAAGGGUGAGUGAGAGUGGUCCGAUGUAGUCAAUCUGCCAGGCCUCACUGUGUUGAAAUCCAAGCCACCUCCCCCUCCUUCUUCACUGACCUUGGUGCCUGCAAGGCUUUUUCUCACUCCGCUCUCUCUCCCAGCUGCUUUUUUGCAGCAGUUUUUUUUUUCCCCUGUCUUAAAUCUGCUCUCACAGAGACGCAAACAAUAUCACUUAUUGGCCCGGCUCUGGCCAGCAGCGGGGCCCUUAUCUAACAUGGGGCAGCUUCUGAAUUCUUCUCACAGAAGCCACCCCUAUGGCUCCCUGCUACCAAAAUCUUGCCACGUAAACCCAGUACACCAUCACUCUCUUUUGAUUUUUGAGAAUUACUUGGCAUACCAUUAUAUAUCAGUAAAUUAUACUUCUGACAUUGGAGCAUUAUUAUUUAUUGCAGAAUGAGUUGGCUAAGAAGACAGCAAGAUUUUACGUGGCAGCACUGGCAUUGGGGAAAGCUACUAGAUGUGCAUCUCUGGCUAGCCAGUGUGGGAAAGAUUUUAUUACCUGUAGGCUGUUCACAGUACGCUGCUUUUAGUUUGGAAUACUUCUUUUAAGCUUCAGUUAUUUUCUUUCUCAGACAUCCAAAGAGCCUCUUAGCUGUGUCAGGAAAAUGCUUAUGUAACAUCAGUGUCAUGAAAUGGAUAGAAGGGACUUAGCUAGCACAAAGCCACAGGUAGAAGAGAAACACUCUACCCUACAACCAUGUUAUCUCAGAACAACCUCAACAGAGACACAACUAACUCAGGAGAAGCUGCUCUCUUUUCUGCAUAGGUUUUUUCUAGAUGUUACUACCAAACUUAUCCAACACUUCUCAUAUAUUCAGGUUAUAUUUAUUAUAUAAUGCCAUUUUUUGUAAUUUCUGAAUUUUCUAUGUAAAACUCCAAUCAUUACUAAGUUUUGUUUUGUUUGACAAAAUGGUUUUAUUAAAAGAGUUAAGU